CUGUGUUCCCGGGGAGAAGCUAAAGAGGUGCACACUGAAGCCUGUAUGGUCCAUAGGUAUGGUCAAAUACGGUCGCAUGGUAAUUGGUGAUGAUGGACACUCUGGAGGACACCUUUAGGACUCUCUCCAUUGCCAGGAGGCUACAGCCCAGUGAUGCCACGUACAUUUUGGAGCUCUCCUGUGCCAGCAGUGGGUCAGAUGUGCUGGCUGUGUGCUGCUCCAAUCACUCUGUGCACCUGCACAGCAGAGAGACGCUCCGCCUGGUGGGUGACUUCCAGGGUCAUACAGCUCCUGUGUGUGGGGUGCGUUUCUCUCAUCUCUCCCCUCACCUGCUGUUCACCGGCUCUGCUGAUGGGACACUGCGGUGCUGGGACAUCCGGCGGCCUGGUUCUGAUGCCACCCAGGUGUUCCGCAGUGAUUCGACACAUUCGUACUGCUCGUUUGAUGUGAGCUGUAGUGAUCGUGUGCUGUGCGCAGGCACGGAGCAGGUGGGGGAGGACAGUUUUUUGGUAUUCUGGGAUGCCCGUAUGGUUCAGGAUGGAGGUGAGAUGGGCGGUCUGCUGGGCGUUUACUCAGAGUCACACAGUGAUGACAUAACUACGGUGAAGUUCCACCCCCAGCAGGCAGAUCGUUUGGCUUCUGGAGCCACAGAUGGGCUUGUGAACGUGUUCGAUCUGAGUCUGGGUGGAGAGGAUGAUGCUCUUGUGACCACCUGUAACUGCAAUUCCUCUGCCAGCUCCCUCUGCUGGACAGGCAAAGAUCUUGACCAGCUGCUUUGUCUGACUCAUGACGAAGGGCUCCACCUAUGGGACGUGGCUCGCCCAGACAGUGAUGACACUCUGACCCUUCUGAGCUCGGCUGAUGCUCGAACACUUGUCCAGCUCCCCGAUGGAGCAUCGCUUGAGUACUUUGUGGGCGGUACAUGGCUGUCAGAUGAGGAGCGUAUUCUGUUAGUGGGAGGGAGUAAUCAUGGAGAGCUCCACCUCCUGGACUGCAGUGGGCGUGGUCUGAGGUUCAUUAAAUCCCUCAGAGGGGGUCAUUCAGCUACAGUGAGGUGCUUCCAGUGGGAUGCAAUCAGUCAGUCUCUGUUGACGGGUGGAGAAGAUGGCCAGUUGUUGCAGUGGAAAGCAGGAGCUGAGGAAAUCAGUGUGGGGAAGAAAGAUUCUCUGAAAAGCAUCUCCUCCAUGCAGCUCAAAACUAAAGCUCACAGAAAACAAGCUGUACAGAAAGACCGCUCAAAACUAGCAUGAUCACAUGCACAGGACAAACUCAGAUUUCACUAAGAGACAGUUGACACUGAAACAAAUUGGUUAUGUGACAGAAAUCUCAGAGAAAUUGCAAACACUUUAUGGAGACUAAAUUAGAAUCUUCUGGCGUAUAAAACAUAUAGCUUAUUAUAGACAUUGGCUGAUUUUAAACAGUUUUGUGGUUUUAAAGUGUAAGUUGUGAACAAAUUGCUACAUGACAUUGAUUUGUCCAGCAGAUAAACUCUCAUCUUUGUGAUAGUUGUUGCCCUUAUGUAAAACAUUACAUUUCUUGUGUUUUGUUUGCAACAUUUUUAAAAAAUGUGUUUCAUAAGAUCACUUUUGAGGUUAAACACGUGACUUAAAAAAGAUAAAAUGUGUCCUGGGUUUCAGGAAUACAAACUGAAGCUGUAUUACAUUAAAGGAAUAGUUAAACCAAAAAUUAAAAUCAUCUUAAAUUGUACUCACCCUCAGGCCACCCAAGAGGUAGAUGAGUUUGUUUCUUAAUCAGAACAGAUUUGGAGAAAUUUUGGUUUGAACUCUUAUUCUGAUGGCACCCAUUCACUGCAGAGGAUCCAUUGGUGAGCAAGUCAUGCAAUGCUCCAUUUUUCCAUAUCUGUUCCGAUGAAGAAACAAACUCAUCUACAUGCUGGCAUGAGGGCGGGUACAUUAUCAGCAAUUCUUAUAUAUUUAUUUAUUUCUAUUCCUUUAAUGCAUGGGGAUUUUCUGAAAUAACUUGUCAUAAAUGUUUUUAUAUGUACCUGCAUCAGCACCACUGUCAGAAUCACUUUCUAAUAAAUGAUGCAAAGUGCAACCAUACUCUCCCCAUGUCAGCAUUCUUUUUAUGCAAAGGUUUAAUGGACAAAAAUGGUGGUUAUUGUUCUUAGCAAAUGCUUUUUACAAAAUCAUCCAUCAAGAAAUGUACAUUUUGUGUUUUUUGUUACUUCUUAGCAUGGACUUACCCACAAGAACUUCUGAAAUUGUAAAUAGAAAUAGUUUUCGAUCUCAAGAGCUGCAGAAUUAAUUCUACAGCUUCAUAAUCUCAAAUUUUUUCAUUAGUUUUUUAUUUAUUUAUUUAUUUAUAUUGUUGAAUCUCAUUAGUGAUCGUGAAUACCUACUGAGUGAACUUUGAAAUGCAAAUAUGACUUUUAAACAUGCAGGCGGGUUUGUCUCUGAGAUUGUUGAGCUCCCCAGUGUCACACACUCUUCUUAGGGUAGCUUCUACAGUUUUCAGUGUUUGAUUCUCUCAGUGUAAACACUGAGGAUCAGCGUCCAGUUAAUAAUUCUGAUGUAAUGGAAGCCUGGGGAGGUUUACUAUGCUGAAUUCAAGACAUGACACAACUGGACAGCCCUGUUCAUUAGUUCGUAUUCCAUCGAUCGGAAACUGCCCCACCCUCAAUAAUAUGUGGCAGAAAGUGAUGUUAAUUCAGAAUUUUGACAACUAAGAAACUGUCAACUGCGUGGUGUUUGUGGGUGCUAUGUGUUUUGUAAAUGCCCUUAAAUAUAGAAUAAAGAAUGCAUACAUUUAUCUGAAUUGG